AUGUCCGCUUCUACUCCCUUCAAAAUACUCAUCUUCAGCCGGACGACGGCGUAUCGGCACGACUCGAUCCCGGCCGGCAUACGAGCCCUGCACCGGCUCGCCGCAGCUUCCUGCUCGGCAGCCGCUGCCGGAGCCGAGUCCUUCACUGCGGACGACAGCGAGGACCCGUCCGUCUUCACGGCGGCAUCCCUGGCGGCAUACCGCGUCAUUGUCCUCCUGCAGUGCUCCGGGGAAUUCCUGGAUGGCCAGCAGCUCGACGCGCUCAAGGGCUUCGUCCGAUCCGGGGGCGGCGUCGUCGCUGUCCACUGCGCCAGCUUCGCCAUGCAGUCUUCCGAGUGGUAUGGCCGGCUGGUGGGCGCCGUGUUCGACAACCAUCCCGAGCCGCAGCUCGGCCGUCUGGAGAUUACAGACCCGGGGCACCCCAUCAUGACCUGUCGGUGCGCAGGCUCGCAGCAGGAGGAGCGCCCCAUCGGGGAACGGACGUGGCUGGAUGAGUGGUACAACUUCAAGACGCACCCGCGCGCCGCCAAUGACGACCUCCACGUUCUGCUUACGGUGGACGAGAAAUCGUACCAUGGCGGAGCGCACGGAGACGACCACCCGGUCGCUUGGUGCCACGACUUUGACGGCGGCCGGUGCUUCUACACCUCGCUGGGCCACUUCGACGAGGCGUACGAGGACGACUGGUAUAUGGGGCAGCUGCUGGGCGGGAUCCUCUGGGCCGCCGGUCGGUUGGCCUCAGAAUCAGGGGCAAGGCAGAGUCGAGUGAAUGGAUGA